GCAGUUUCAUUGUGCCUGCUCAUCGCGUUGCUUCUGCUAGUACCCAGUCAAACAAACGGAACUAGGAGAGGCUAAAGGAAUCGCUGAAGUUUCCUUUAGACAGUAGAUCUUUCUGCCCCCAUGGAUAAAGGUCUUCACUUCAUGUUCUGCGUGAUUGCAACCAUGCUGCUCCUGAGAGAAUCAAGUCAGACAGGAGCUACGAGGAAUGAUGGUGCUGUGAGUAAGGGCAUUGACUCAAGGGGACCAGAAGAGGGGCUUCCAACUUUGACUGUCACAACAAUCCUGGAAGAUCCUUAUGUCAUGGUGAGAAGUGCAGAACUGGAGGGAUACUGCAUUGAUUUGCUGAAAGCACUUGCUGCAAUGCUUCACUUCAGCUACAAGGUGAAGGUGGUGAGCGAUGGGCAGUAUGGUGCCAUCUCUUCCAAUGGGAACUGGACAGGGAUGGUUGGUGAAAUUUUGAGACAGGAAGCAGACAUUGCAGUGGCUCCAUUGACAGUCACGUCAGCAAGGGAAGAGGUCAUCUCCUUCACUACGCCAUUCCUGCAGACCGGGAUUGGAAUCUUGCUUCGAAAAGACACUGCCUCUCAGGAGAUGUCUUUCUUCCACUUCCUGGCUCCUUUCAGUAAAGAGACCUGGACUGGCCUUUUAUUUGCUUAUGUGCUGACGUGCUUCUGCCUCUUUCUUGUUGCCAGACUGAGCCCCUGUGAAUGGAACGAGCCAAAGAAUGAAGAGAACCACUUUACCUUCUUGAACAGCCUCUGGUUUGGAGCAGGAGCACUUGCCCUGCAAGGUGUCACCCCUCGGCCCAAAGCGCUCUCUGUGCGGGUCAUCGCUGCUGUCUGGUGGCUGUUCACCAUCGCCUUGCUGGCUGCCUACAUCGCCAACUUCACCGCUCUGCUGAGCUCUGGCAGCGAGCAGCUUCCAAUCCAGACUUUUGAAGAUCUUGUGAAGCAAAGAAAGCUUGAGUUUGGGACUCUGGACGGCUCCUCUACUUUCUACUUCUUCAAGAACUCCAAGAAUCCUAUCCAUCAGAUGAUCUAUGAAUAUAUGGACAAGAGACGAGAUCGCGUUUUAGUCAAAACCUACCAGGAAGCAGUUCAACGUGUGAUGGAAUCAAACUAUGCCUUCAUUGGUGAAUCAAUCUCUCAAGACCUUGCAGCUGCCAGGCACUGCAAUUUGAUCAGGGCCCCUGAAGUUAUCGGAGCCAGAGGAUUUGGCAUUGCCACUACCCAGGCAUCCCUGUGGACUAAGAAGCUCUCCAUUGCUGUCCUCAAACUGCGCGAAUCGGGCGAUCUCGACUAUUUGCGCAACAAGUGGUGGGAGACCAGCUGCCUUCACAAAAGUAGGGACAGAUGGAGUCCGCUGCAGCCCCAGGCUCUGGGUGGGCUCUUUCUUACUCUUGCCAUUGGCCUGGCACUGGGAGUGAUUGCAGCUGUGGUGGAGCUCUCAAAUAAGAGCAGACAUGCCGCUGGACAUGUAAAGAAAUCUUGUUGCUCUGUUUUUACAGAAGAAAUGUGCACUCGUCUACGUAUAAAAGAAAAUACAAGACAAAGCCAGGAGACUUCAGGGAGGGCUAAUGCUUAAGAAUUUUUUGCUUAAGGAAUGGGCCUGUAUUAGGUUUAUACCAUAUGUAUUUCAUAGGAACUACAUCAAUGUAGAAAGAUGUUUUUCUGCAAGGCUAGAGUGUUAGUUUUCUAAUUACAAACACACACAGAGAACACUUCUGGAUUGGUGGUGAAGCUGGAUACAGAAGAAAAUUAAGUGGCUUGGAAGAAUUUAAAUUGACAAGGGAUAGAGUGUAAUUGUUAAAAAUAAGGGAGGUUAACAACUUGGGAAAAUAAAUUUGAGAUGGCUAAGAUGGUAGAUCCAUAUUUCGUUUAGAAGUUUACUAUGUAAGUACAUGAAUGCCUG